AUGGACGAGCACCAGAAGAAACUCGGUCAGUGGCAUGAGGGAAGGCCCCGCAAAGUGAGGUUCAAAAUAUCGUCAGCUUACAGUGGUCGAGUGCUAAAACAAGUCUAUGAAGAUGGGCAGGAACUCGAGCCCCCAGCCAAAGAGCACUCUCGGCGUUUUCUCCGCCACUGCUUCGAGCCAGGGGACCAUUUCUGCGGGGCUGGGGAAACGCCAGAAAACAGGUUUUACUCGCCAGCCCAGCUGACUGCCCAGCGGAUCAGCAUAUUCAAAGAGGACAAGAAAUACAGUCUCACCAGUAGCUCGCCUCUCCUCAGCGACUCCCAGGCAAGCAACAGUCCUUGCAGGGCUUCCCCCAUUCUAGAUUUUGGCAAGAUCAUCAUCUACACUAAUAACCUGAAAAUCAUCCGUGCGCCAAUGGACCAGAAAGAGCUCAUGAGAAGAAUCAUCCAGACCGAGGGAAUAAAUGACUGGGCCUUCGUAUACCGGGAAGGGAAGGAAAGAUUUGGUGGUGAACAUAAAAAAGAUGUGGAAAAAAAGGCUGCCUGCAACCAGUAUGUGCAG